AUGAGAGAAAAUAUAAUGAGAUGGUUAGAUCAUGUUUUGAAUCCAGAAAAAUUAGAAGCAGUGAGAAUUGAAAUGAAAAUGGAUAUAGGAGAAAAGAGGUGGAGAAGAAGCCUGAAAAAGAGGUGAUUGAUGUGAUUAAGAAUGGAAUGAGGACAGCAGGUGUAGGCAAGAACAAUGUUUGUGGAUUGAGUUAAAUAGAAAUUUAGGACGAUAGUGGUCGACCCCAAAUAAAUGGAUUGAAAGUAUAGGAGAAGAAGAAGUUUAAACUAUCUGUAAUAUCUUCACCUGUGUGUAUUACAUUGAAAUUUCAUAAAUAUAUUAGUUUUGAAUUGAAACUUCAAGUUCAAAUUUUUUUUUACUAGUAAUACACAGUCUAUAUCUAAAAAGGCACAAUAAGUAUAUGUGAUGCAGGUUAGACAUAGUAUGAAAAAUACAAAUACAAAUUAUUCUAUUUAAAAUAUAUUGUAAUCUUUGAUAUGAGCAGCCAUCCAUUAAUGACACUUAAAGCUUGAAUUUAAAAUUUAAGAAUUUUAAAUAUAUAUAUAUUUUUAUCUAUGUUCGAGGAUCGUUACUAGGUGUGAUUCUCAGUGGGGAAGGAGAUAAAGAGGUCAUGGCCACAUUUACGUUUAAGAUGUCUGGGCGAGUUACUAGGAAUAGAGAGGACUGUGAGAAAAAAAAAGAUAGUUUUAGAUUCGAGGAUAAUCAGUUUGUGAAAACGUUUGUAGUGAAAUUUAACUUCCUCGUGGACUAUUUUGAUUUUAAGGUCAGAGUGAAUGGUGUAAUUUAAAACAUAAGGAGGAGCGUUUACAAGUUCAAUUUAAACUAAUAAUUAAUAUUCAUUUAACAAAAUAUAUAAAUUGACGAAUGUAGUAUAUAAAUAUAACCUUGACAACAUACGAGAAAAACUUAAUUAAUUGGAUACCUAUUUAUUGCACUGAGAAAUAAAUUAUUUAGGUUAACUUUUUAAAAAUGGUAGUAAGUAUACACUAAUAUACACAUUUGUUUUUAUAAUAAUGUUAAAAAUAUUUAAAACCGUUUUUCAAUGUAACAUGUAUUAAUUUUAGGGUACAACAAUAAAAGAAGCGAUAGCUAGAUGGGAGGAAAAAAAUCAAAAACCGAUAAUAGAAGCUACUAAUGUCGGUUUCCAAUUUCAAUGGCCACCGAUUGAAAAAAUAGACACUAAUUUAUCGAUUUUAGUAAAUUGCGAGUAAGUUAAAAAUACAAGCAUUUAUAUACUUAUCCUAUUUUAUUAUAAUAUUAGAAAUAUUCAAUUGCAUAAGUAUAAUAAUACAACACAGAUUCUUGAAUCAUAUUUAACUAAAUAACUAUUACAAUAAUAUUAUACUGUUGACGUACAACUUUGCAGGUAAAAUUUAAUUUAUAUCAUAUGUAUUCUUUUAUUAUUUAAAUAUAUACUUAUUGCAGAAAACUAUCACUGAGCACAAAUAUGAUUGAGAAAAUAACUAACAUUGGAACUUUAAGAAACUUGAAAAUAUUAGCAUUGGGCCGAAAUAAUAUAAAAUCGUUUGAUGGAUUAGAACCGUUGGCCGAUACUUUAGAGGAAUUGUGGAUAUCGUAUAAUAUUAUAGAAAAAACAAAAGGCAUAUUGAAAAUGCACAAUCUGAAAGUGUUACAUAUGUCAAACAACAUGGUCAAAGAUUGGGUUGAAGUGGUGAAACUUGGGGAAAUGCAAAGUCUUGAAGAUUUCUUAUUCGUUGGUAAAAUAGACAUUUAUUUAAGGAGGGGAAAGUAACGCGUACUUUUUAUAGUCUACCAUAUGAUUGCCCAUGAUUUAUAUAGUAUACUGUUUUUAAUUUGGUUUAAAUUUUAGUUUAUAAUGCAAGUUUAGAAUUAUUAUUACUAGAGAUCGGAUUUAUAUUCUCUUAAAAUCCUUUAAAUAUGAUGAUUUUAUGCUAUUUAAAAUAGGCAAUAUACUAUCUUAAUAUUCUUUUAAAAUACCAGAUGUUUUAUGUCCUUAAAAGGGCAAAAUAUUUUUUUAAUAUUCUGAAAAAAAAAAAUUAAAAAUAAAUUUGAGUUUUCAUUUUAAAUUAAAUUGUAGUAUUAAUUUGGUUUACAACAUUUUAAAUUUAUUUUACAAUCGUAACAGCUCGUUUAUUAGAAACCCAGAAGGAUAUAAGCAUAACUCGUUUGUAAAAUAAACCGUAUUUGUUGAUAAAUAUAAUAUUAUCAAAAUGUCGAUGUAUGCUAUACAAAUAAUAGGAUCAAAAAUAAAAAUAUUUAUAAAAUAUUCUCAAAAUCUCAAAUAUGCUUUUUUAUGCAAAAUACAAGUUUUCCUCUGAAUUCUGUGUCAUGGAAUCGUGAAUACAUCUUAAUCUCAUUUAACUGCAUACAUUAGAAACAAUUAUGUAAAAUUAUAAAAAUCCGACCUCUAAUUAUUACUCAUGAAAUAUGCAUCUCAUAUACCUCGGGUACUUAAAACAUGUUACAUAUUAUUUAGUUGUUAUGAACCAUACAAUUGGUUUGCUUAUGGUCUUAUAGAGCUUUUUAUUUUAAAAUCUAACAAAAAGAAUAAUAUUUGGUCACCAAAAAUAAGUCUAUUCGAACAAAAUCCGAGCUCACAGCAAUUAGUGUGUUUUGGCGAUGCGAUUUUCUGUAAAAAGUUUGCUGCAUUAUUUCAUGUUUGUUUCAUUGUUUGUUCAUUGGAUACAAUAUCGUUAAAACGGUUUGUUUACCGUACAGUAUUUUAUCAAUAAAUAACUAUGAACUGAUGAUAGUAAACGUGUUUUCUAAUUGAUUCCGAGAACCUGGUUGUCGAAAAGUGCAUUUAGUUGUCAAACAAUUAUUGCAGUAAACAAUAUCGUCAAAACGGUAAACUAAUUACUGGGUUGCUUAAAAUUGCACCGCCAAAACACAUUUAAUACGAUUACUUAUAUAAUUGGAAAUUGGAAAUGUGAAUUAAAGAUAGUGAAUAUUGUAAGAAAUAAGGUUCUAAACUAUGAUUUAAAAUAUUAUGGUUACACAACGAGCUUUUAAAAAAUACUUAUCAUGCGGCAUACAAUAUUAAUCUAAAAGUUACGUGAUAUUUUAUACUAUUAGUACGAUUAGUGGGUAAAAUGAGAAAUUAUAAGAUGUUAAUGCGAUUAUUGCAAAUUUAUUAACACGAUUUUAUGGAUGGUAUUUAAAUUCUAAAGACUAGUAAAUUUGAUUAAAUUACUAUCUUAAACUGUGAAACAAGUUUAAGAUAGGCUAAAUGCGCGAUGUAAUUUUUAUCGAUCAGAAAAAUGGCGUGCUGUAGUGUAUUAUAUCUGUCAAAUUAUUAUAAUUACAAACAGAUUAUUUUGCAUACCUAAGGAUGAAAUUAUAGGGCUUGCGUAGGCUCAAAGGUGUUAUUUUUAAAUAUUAAGGAACCAAAAACGCAAAAAAUUUUUAAAAAAAAGGACGGGCAUACUUCGUACGUGGGUGUAUAAAUGUAGUACGUAAAUUAGUGUGGUCCUUAACUUAUAGGUGUUGAAAAUAAAUGUCAAAUAUUUUAAUUCACCGGCCCGGAGUUCUGUAAGAUACAUUGUAAAAACCAUUUUUGUACAUUUUGGGUAUGAUAAGUCAACCCCUUCAAGUGUCAAAAAGGGGUUGAAUUUAGUAAAAAAGUGGUAGUUUGUGCGUAUAUUUUAGAUACUGAGUGAAGCGAAGAAGUUUAUAGUUUUACAAAGAUGUUUAUUUUUUUUUUUUAUCUGUGUGCAACUUUUCUACCCGAAGACUUGCUCGGAUCUCUAGGUGUAACAAUUUUUCCGAAAGGAAAUCGGCAUGGGAAGUACUCUAAGGAGGUCAUUUUUCGAUUUUCUCAAGAGUUCUGAUCAAAUGCGAGAAUCCAAAAAUAAAAAUGGGAAAAUUUACGAAAUAUAAUCUACGAUAUUUUGUUUUGUGGACAACUUUUCGACCAACAAUUUUGCUCCAACUUUUAAUGAUAGCAAUGUUUCUGAAAGGAAAUUUCACUGGGGAGGUACUUUAGAGAGGUCGUUUUUCGAUUUUUUUAAUUUAAUGAUAUUAACUAUAUAUAUAAACUUAUUAAUAAUCAUAUUGACUAUCCCGAGCUAUUAGCUAAAAUCAAAUUUAAUGCACCUACAUUGAUUCAACUCUCGUAAUAAUUUAUUAUUUCAUAUCGACAACUACCGCUAGAAUUACAGUUACUAUAGCCCAUUAAACCGUAUGUUUAUGUUUUGUAAUAACCUCAUAAAUUUUGAUAUUUUUAAUGAUCUUUUGCGUUUAUUAUAUUCUUUGCCGACUAAAUAAUUUAUAUAUAUUCUGUAACUAUUGCUCUUCUUGAGUGUAAAUAAAUAUAUAAAUAAAUAAAAUACAAUUUAUGUCCGAUGAAUAGUUUCUACGUUUUGAAUUCUACUAAUCCGUGUGAAAACCGAAGGUAUCGCAUAAUGUGGUUUUUAUUAUUCCGUGGAUAACACCGGUUUUCACAUAGAACAUUGAAAAUGCAACACUAUUAACUGAACUUCACUCAGAAUCGUUUUUCGUUAGCAAUGGUUAAUCGUUGCAUACGGAUCUAAAUUCAAUUUUCCCUCUACCUACAAGUUUCUCACCUACAACAGUAGUUACACCCGCGUGUGAAAAUACGCGGCUUUUUUAAUAUAAUUCAGUUAAUAAUAUUCGUAGAUUUGAAAUUUAGACAAAAACUUAUGUUUGCUUUUUUUUAAACAUGGUACAAUUUUUAAAACAUUUAGGUCACUUUUGAGCUAUUUAUAUACAUUUUAAUUUUGCGGGUUUUUUACGUGAUUUGUAUUUGGUAAGGUACUCUGUGGAUAAAAUUGUUAGACUAAACAGAAAUACUUGAAAAUGUGACAGGUUUAUUAUAAGUUGUACUUAGUGGUGAAAAAAACAAUUAAUAAUUCCUAAAUACGGUCCUGAUAAUAUUCAAUAGAAACCACCUCAGUAUAAUUUUUUUUUUUUUCAGGAAACCCUUUAUACGAUUCUAUGGACGAUGCGGUUUGGCGUACCGAAUGUAGUAAAAAGCUUCCUAAGCUAAAGAUACUAGAUACGAUUCCUAUAAUUAGGGAUUAA